GAUUUGAAUUGGACAAAAUUUCAUCAAAAAAGCUUCCUUUUCCAUCCUCAAGAUCAUGUGGCACAGCCUUAUGAGGAUUCCCCCAUUUUGCAGCUGAUUAUACUAAGCCAGUAACUCCUAGUUGCAUACCACUGAAUCAAGAAAAUGGAAUUUCUAUUUCUAUGACAACCAGAGGAAUGUGCUUGAGAUGCUCAAAUUGCAUCUUCUACAAGAGCAAAGGUUCACAAGAAGAAUUCAACAACUUAAAAAUUUCGAAGUUGAAGCUCAAACUUGCAAGCCUAGUGGCCAGAUAAGAGCGAAGAAACCUCGAUCAGGGCAAUGUACCAUUGAGGAUGACCCCGGCUGUUGUAAAGAAGGCAAGCUUUACUCAACAUACAAAUGUUCACCACCGGUUUCCAACCAUACAAAGGCAACUCUAACACUUAACAGCUUCGAAGCCGGAGGAGAUGGCAGUGCACCAUCCAAAUGUGACAAUCAGUACCAUUCUGAUGAUCAACCUGUGGUGGCACUUUCAACAGGAUGGUUCAACAAGAAAAAAAGGUGUCUCAAGAAUAUCGAUAUCCAUGGCAAUGGGAAGAGAGUCAAGGCUAAGGUUGUCGAUGAAUGUGACUCUACAACGGGGUGUGAUGCUGCCCACAGUUACUAUCCUCCUUGUCAUAACAACAUUGUGGUUGCCUCACAAGCAGUUUGGAAGGCCUUGGGAGUGCCUUUAAGCCAGUGGGGUGAAAUUGAUAUAUACUGGUCUGAUACUUGAUUGAUUUUCAACAUCAUUAAUGUUAUUUCUAUUUGUAUUGAGGUGUAAAGAUUGUCAGUGUGUGUGUUAGUUUUAGUAAGCAAUAGUGUUACAAA